AACCGCCAAAAAUAAUACAAGAAGAUGAAGAUGAAGCUGCUUCCUCGCUGUCUGAAUCGUGUUGUCUUGUGGUUUUAGCUGCUACAGAUGAUCUGAGGUUCUGUUCGCUUGUUUCCUGCGUCUUUCUUCUCGUCAUGUCCGCUGUGGAGGUUCGAGCUGCGCCGCUGCAGGCCGCAGAGGAGCCUCUAAAGAAGGGGAAAAGCUCCGCGGCGGUUCCGAGGAGAGCUGCUCUCGGAGAGAUCACCAACUUUACCGGAGCAGCGACCAACAUCAAGAGGAUGGGAGCUUCAAAGAAGUCCUCCAAAGGAUCCUGCUCCCAGAAACCUAAACUGGUCCAGGAAGAUGCUGUAGUGGUCCAGGUGGUCCCAGCUGCUGCAGAUCCGCUCCCUGCUCUUCCAGAGGAGUUGUCUGACGUGUCCAUGAAGGAGGAGCUGGAGCUGUGCCGGGCGUUCUCCGAGACGCUGCUGCCGGUGCAGGAUGUGGACGAGCAGGACGCAGAAGAGCCUCAGCUCUGCUCUCAAUACGUCAAAGAUAUCUACACCUACCUGCACCUCCUGGAGGUACAGCAGGCCGUACGGGCCGACUACAUGAAGGGGUCAGAGAUCACUGCUAACAUGAGGGCGAUCCUCAUCGACUGGCUGAUCCAGGUCCACUCCCGCUUCCAGCUGCUGCAGGAGACCCUGUACCUCACAGUGGCCAUCCUGGACCGCUUCCUGCAGGUCCAGCCAGUAUCCCGGAGGAAGCUGCAGCUGGUCGGGGUCACCGCCAUGCUGGUGGCCUGUAAGUACGAGGAGAUGUACUGUCCGGAGGUCGGAGACUUCUCCUACAUCACGGACAACGCCUUUACCAAGCCUCAGAUCCUGGAGAUGGAGCAGGUGGUCCUGAGGAAGCUCAAUUUCCAGCUGGGACGUCCGCUGCCGUUGCACUUCCUCCGACGAGCCUCCAAGGUGGCCAACGCUGACGUAGAGAAACACACUCUGGCCAAGUAUCUGAUGGAGCUGACCCUCCUGGACUAUGAGCUGGUCCACUACCGGCCUUCUGAGAUCGCCGCUGCUUCGCUGUGUCUCUCCCAGCUGCUGCUGGACGGGCUGCCGUGGUCACCCACGCAGCAGCACUACUCCACCUACGACGAGGCCCACCUGAGGCCCAUCAUGCAGCAUGUGGCCAAGAAUGUGGUGAUGGUGAACGAGGGGAAGACCAAGUUCCAGGCCGUGAAGAAGAAAUACUCCAGCAGCAAACUGAUGAAGAUCAGCCUCCUUCCUCAGCUGAGGUCCUCCAUCAUCCAGAAGCUGGCGGCUCCUCUCAUCAAUGAUCCCUGAGACUUUCUUGUUUUAUUCUUGAGGAACUUUUUCUCAUUUGCACUUUAAAGUUCUAGUUCUGCGGACUGAGCCGAACCUCUGCACUACUUUUUCUGUUUUAGCGCCCCUGUUAAAGGCACCAUGUUUUUAGCCUUUAGCAGGGAUGAUGAUGAUGAUGUUGUUUGAGAAACUUGAAUGGUUUUUAAUAAAAUGUCUCUUUUU